GCAGGCUCUCCCCCAGGCGUGGCAGAGGGAGACUUUUUGGAGCUGACCCACCACAGGAAAUCAUCAGGGUGACCUUGAGCCGCAAAACUGCUGUCCACGUGGACCGGGGCUGACAUCGCACGUCCAUCUGCCAGGACACCUGCGUCCAAACUCCGAGACAUGGCAACCAACGGCAGCAAGGUGGCCGAUGGGCAGAUCUCCACUGAGGUCAGCGAGGCUCCUGUGGCCAAUGACAAGCCCAAAACGCUGGUGGUCAAAGUGCAGAAGAAAGCGGCGGACCUUCCCGACCGGGACACAUGGAAGGGCCGCUUCGACUUCCUCAUGUCCUGUGUGGGCUAUGCCAUUGGCCUGGGCAAUGUCUGGAGGUUCCCCUAUCUCUGUGGGAAAAAUGGCGGAGGGGCCUUCCUGAUUCCCUACUUCCUGACACUCAUCUUUGCGGGGGUCCCACUCUUCCUGCUGGAGUGCUCCCUGGGUCAGUACACGUCCAUCGGGGGCCUGGGGGUGUGGAAGCUGGCCCCCAUGUUCAAGGGCGUGGGCCUUGCUGCUGCUGUGCUGUCCUUCUGGCUGAACAUCUACUACAUUGUCAUCAUCUCCUGGGCCAUCUAUUACCUGUACAAUUCCUUCACCACGACGUUGCCAUGGAAACAGUGUGACAACCCCUGGAACACAGACCGCUGCUUCUCGAACUACAGCAUGGUCAACACCACCAACAUGACCAGCGCCGUGGUGGAGUUCUGGGAGCGCAACAUGCACCAGAUGACAGACGGGCUGGACAAGCCAGGUCAGAUCCGCUGGCCGCUGGCCAUCACCCUGGCCAUCGCCUGGAUCCUUGUGUAUUUCUGUAUCUGGAAGGGUGUUGGCUGGACUGGAAAGGUGGUCUACUUCUCGGCCACCUAUCCCUACAUCAUGCUGAUCAUCCUGUUCUUCCGUGGAGUGACGCUGCCGGGGGCCAGGGAGGGCAUCCUGUUCUACAUCACGCCCAACUUCCGCAAGCUGUCGGACUCCGAGGUGUGGCUGGAUGCGGCUACCCAGAUCUUCUUCUCCUACGGGCUGGGCCUGGGAUCCCUGAUCGCUCUCGGGAGCUACAACUCUUUCCACAACAACGUCUACAGGGACUCCAUCAUCGUCUGCUGCAUCAAUUCCUGCACCAGCAUGUUCGCAGGAUUCGUCAUCUUCUCCAUUGUGGGCUUCAUGGCUCAUGUCACCAAGAGGUCCAUUGCUGAUGUGGCAGCCUCAGGCCCCGGGCUGGCCUUCCUGGCGUACCCAGAGGCGGUGACCCAGCUGCCCAUCUCUCCCCUCUGGGCCGUCCUCUUCUUCUCGAUGCUGCUGAUGUUGGGCAUUGACAGCCAGUUCUGCACUGUGGAGGGCUUCAUCACGGCCCUGGUGGAUGAGUACCCCAGACUCCUCCGCAACCGCAGGGAGCUCUUCAUAGCCGCCGUCUGCAUCGUCUCCUACCUGAUCGGCCUCUCUAACAUCACCCAGGGGGGCAUUUAUGUCUUCAAACUUUUCGAUUACUAUUCUGCCAGUGGCAUGAGCCUGCUGUUUCUCGUGUUCUUCGAAUGUGUCUCCAUUUCCUGGUUUUAUGGUGA